AGCGUCCCACAACUCCGUUGAAGAAAAGGAGGGAGAGCGGUAAUGUCCUCCGUCGCUGAUGAUGCAAAUUGCUGCCGCUGAAGUGCACUCUGAUCGGCGCUGAAUGCGCGCUGAGUUUGGAGGGCUCGCUGAAUGCUCGCUGCAUGUACUAGGAGACAGCGCAACGAGAAAGAACGGGAAAGACAAGUCGAGGGAGCGACUCCCGGCAGCGAGCAGAACACUCCCAGGCUGAUAAUAGGAAGGGGGAAAAGACAGCGCACUGAACUGGUUCAAAAAGUAGAUUGCUAAAAACCUUUUCGCUGGCAGUCCUUGGACUUGACUGAGCGAUAGGUUUAACAUGAGGCCACCUGGACGAGGUCAAGAACUGCAGGUGAUGGAGAGAGAAGGUGGGAAACAAGUCGUGCAGGAGGGUGCGGAAGCUCCUAGUAACAACGGUGAAGGCAAUGGUGGCUCAGAGUCGAAAGGAGAUGAGUCGGGAAAUAAAAAGAAGGCUCCAGAGGCUUUACCCGGAGUAUCAUAUUUGUCGUUAUAUCGCUUUGCUGAUUCCGUGGAUGCUCUUCUCAUUCUGCUAGGGACACUGGGGGCUGUGGGCACUGGGGCUGGAUUCCCAGUGUUUUUCAUUUUCUUUGGUAAGAUGGUUGAUAAGCUGGGAGGUCUUCAAUCAGCCGGUUCGGCCAAUCGUGGUAAUUUGGUCAAAGAAACCGAAGAGUAUGUUCUCUACUUUGUGUACUUGGCAGCCUGCCUCCUCGUAAGUCUUUCUGCACAGAUUGGGUGUUGGACGAGAACAGCUGAGAGACAAACGGCCAAGAUCAGAGUGGCGUAUUUGAAAGCUGUGCUCAGUCAGGAAAUUGGAUACUUUGACACACAGGAAACAUCAAGUCGCAUUGUUACAGGGAUUUCGAAUGAUGUUGUUGUCGUCCAAGAGGCCAUCAGCGAAAAGGUAGGGCUCUUUAUUCAAUUUUUCUCAGCCUUUGUUGCUGGCUAUGUCAUUGGAUUCAAGACGUCGUGGAGGCUUGCGGUUGUGAUUCUCGGAGCAUUUCCUGGCAUCAUCAUUGCGGGUGGACUGUACACAUUUAUUCUGAGCGGACUGAGCUCGAAGAGCCAGGCAGCAUACGAUGGAGCAGGGAAUGUCGUGCUGGAAACACUGUCAUCGAUUCGGACGGUGUACUCCUUUGUUGGAGAGGAGUCAGCGAAACAGUUAUACUCGAGAGCUUUGUCUGUCACGUGCAAGCUGGGAAUCAAAAUGGGAUUUGUCAAAGGAAUAGGGUUGGGGGUGAUGUAUGGUGUCCUCUUCUGCAUCUGGGGACUUGUCUUCUGGAGGGCCAGCAUCAUUGUAUCUCACCGUGAUGCGACAGCUGGGGACAUAUUGACAACCAUGUUCAACGUCGUAAUCGGGGGAAUGAGUUUGGGCCAAGCCCUGCCGUAUGUGUCAUCUUUUGUGGCUGGAAAAACAGCUGGUUACAAAGUGUUCUCCGUCAUUGAACGUAAGCCUUUGAUCAGCAGCGAGGAUAAGAAGGGUGAGAAAUUUGACAAUCUUGGCAGUGACAUCGAGUUGCGCUCUGUGAACUUCGCCUAUCCUUCACGGCCGGACAGCCAGAUUCUCCGAGACUUCAGCGUGACGAUACCGGCUGGAAAGACAGUUGCAUUGGUUGGGUCCAGCGGCAGUGGCAAGUCUACGAUAAUUGGAUUGGUCGAGCGUUUCUAUGAACCAUCGUCAGGACAGGUUUUGAUCGGUGGACACGACAUCAAGAAAAUGCAGCUCAGAUGGCUUCGACGGCAAAUAGGCCUUGUGAGCCAGGAGCCAGCACUCUUUGCAACGUCGAUCAGGGAGAAUAUCUUGUAUGGCAAGGCAGGUGCGUCCACGGAGGAAGUUGAGGCCGCUGCCAAGGCUGCAAAUGCGCACAAGUUCAUCAUGGACUUCCCAGAGGGUUACGAUACCCUAGUAGGUGAGAGCGGCGUUCAGAUGUCAGGAGGCCAGAAGCAGCGGAUCGCCAUAGCUCGGGCCAUUCUGAAGAACCCGAUCAUUCUCCUGCUCGAUGAAGCCACCAGCGCCCUCGAUUCCGAGUCUGAACGUGUUGUUCAGGACGCUCUAGACGGCUUGAUGAUAGGUCGGACAACGGUCGUCGUCGCUCAUCGGCUUUCAACCAUUCGUGGCGCUGACAAAAUUGUUGUCAUGCAGGCUGGUGAGAUUGUCGAAGAGGGUUCGCAUGACGAGUUGAUGAGCAAAGGAGCCAAUGGAGUAUACACAGGAUUGGUGAGACUGCAGAAUUCGAACAACCGGGAGGAGCAGGAAGGGGAUCCUCGUUUUUUAAGUGACCGAGGGGGACAGGGAUGGAGCAUGUCGCAACGGACGGAUCUACGGUCAUCAUCCAAGCUUGGAAGGCUGAGCUUCUCUCUCAGCCAUCUCUCUGAUGCAUCUAUGGUCGAGCCCGGCAAGUUUGAUGCAGAUAGGAAACCUAUAGAUGCACCGUCGUUCAUGAGACUGUUGAAAAUGAACCUGCCAGAGUGGAAGUGGGCCCUUAUCGGUGUGGUGGGUUCUUUGCUAUCAGGUGUGUACAAUCCUUCUUUUGCACUCAUCAUUGCACAGGUCUUGGAUGCUUUCAUGGAUAAUAACACGGAAAGGAUGAAAGAAAAAGUUUUGAAGUACGUUUGGGUUUUCCUAGGCUUAGGAGGCUCCGCGUUCUUUGUUUAUGCCAUGAACUGGGGCGGUUGGGGAGGCUUGGGAGAGAACCUGGUGAAGAGGGUGCGCGAGCUGUUCUUUGCGUCUGUGCUGAGACAAGAGAUUGGCUGGUUUGAUCGGGAUGAGAACAACAGCGGUGCAAUUGCAUCCAGGCUGGAGAGCGACGCAACUAUUGUUAAGAGUGCGGUUGCAGAUCGACUUGCCGUUAUGAUGGGCACAGCCUCAGUGAUGAUAAUUUCCACUGGGAUUUCAUUCUAUAAGUCCUGGCGCCUGGCACUCGUCUCACUCGUUGUAUUCCCACUGCUUCUUAUCGGGAACAUUGCGCAGGGUAUGACGGUGAAAGGAGUCUCAAAGGAUGCGAGGAUAUCGUACGCUCGCGCUGGUGACCUGGCAGCGGAGGCAGUGGUGAAUAUCCGGACUGUGCAGGCGUUCUCCGCGGAAGACAAAAUACUGGCCUUGUUCAGGAGUCAUGUGAUGGAGCCAUUUCAGAAGAAUACCGUUUCAACAUUUAUCAGCGCAGUGCUUGUGGGAUCAUCGACAGCAAUGAUGUUUGGCUCCUUUGCCCUUCUGCUGUGGUACGCUAUGAGGCUGAUUCAGGGUGGGGUCAACAGCUUCAACGACGUGUUCACAGCAUUCAUGGUUGCAAUCGUUGCUGCCUUUGCAGUAGCCGAAGUUCUAAGUCUGGCUCCGGAGACGAUGAAAGGUGGUGGUGCCCUUGCCGCCAUCUUCAGCACAGUAGACAGGCAAACAAUGAUCGAUCCAGACGAGCCUGGCUCCGAGAGACUACCGAAAAUUGCCGGUAUGGUAGAGCUCCGGAGGGUGAAGUUCCACUACCCCUCACGACCUGACGUGCCGGUGUUCUCGGACUUCUCGCUGAGGAUCAAUCCAGGGCAGACAGUUGCAUUGGUGGGGCCAAGUGGCAGCGGCAAAUCCUCUGUGAUUUCACUGAUAGAACGCUUCUACGACCCUCUUUCUGGCAAGGUGCUGAUCGACGGAAAGGACAUCAAGACGCUCAACCUGAAAUGGCUGCGUGGACAGAUUGGGUUGGUCAGCCAGGAGCCUGCUCUGUUCGCAUGGACGAUCAAACAAAACAUCCUUUAUGGAAUGGAGGGCGCUUCCGAAUCUGAGGUUAUUGAUGCCGCCAAGGCCGCCAACGCUCACAACUUCAUCAGCUCCUUCGCCGACGGUUACAACACGCUUGUGGGUGAGAAGGGCACGCAGAUGUCCGGUGGCCAGAAGCAAAGAAUAGCGAUUGCACGAGCGGUGCUGAAGAAUCCCCGGAUCUUGCUGUUGGAUGAGGCCACAAGUGCACUGGACACGGAGUCCGAAAGAAUUGUUCAAGAUGCACUCGACAAGUUGAUGGUGGGGCGGACAACAGUGGUGAUUGCGCACAGGCUCUCGACAAUCCGGAACGUGGAUCUAAUUGCAGUUGUUCAGCAGGGGUCUGUUGUGGAGAUCGGGAACCACGAUGCGCUCGAGAGCAAGGGUGGUGUAUACGCUGCACUGCUUGCCCUGCAGAAAAAUUAGGCAGGCAGCCAGUGCAUAAGUUGGAGAAACGAAAAAAAAAGGGAUCCCUUCCUUGUUCAGUCGGUAACUCGGUAGAAAAGAAAAUUCUUUAUUGUGGCUGUCCUUCGGGGGGACAUCCGUCACAAUUGGAACGACACAGAGAAGGAAGAUUAGCGUGCAUGGACCCUGUGCAAGGAUGACACACAGACAUCGAGAAGAAGGAAGAUUAGCGUGCAUGGACCCUGUGCAAGGAUGACACACAGACAUCGAGAAAAUUUUGGCAGUUGGCGAGCCCGGACGGAAGCGUAUUGUAUUGACAGUUUUGUACAAACAAUAGCCUUCCACUUUUUCAGUGUUUUCACGGCUUUGCACGUACCGCGUCAGGUUCCGGGAACCGCAAUUUAUGAGGUAAAUUAUUAACUAUAUUGCCGAUGAUAGAAAUUGCCUCUUCAAAUUAGGAACAGCGUGUUGUAGUGGUUUGACAACGCUGCCUGUGGCUGCCACAACAUGACCUCUCAAAAAAUCCCAUGCAGGAACAACCACAAGGAUUGGCUCGGCUGGAAGUGGAAGGCGGGAAGCGCGUUGAGUGGAGUGCUCAAGGAGGGGAGGGUCGUUUGCCUAUGUCUAUGUCGUCCGCGGACAUGUCGAAUGGAUGAUUUGAACUGCCGCUGCUUCUGAUAGCCUGCAAAUAUUUUUUCGUCCGUGUACAAGCAAGCAAGCAAGCAAGCCUGCAAAGUUUGUAAUCCAUGUACAAGCAAGCAGGCCACAAAUAUGGAGGUUUGGCAAAGCAGGCGCUGAGGAGGGGGGAUGCUUUAUUUAUGCGAUAAGCUAAGGAAAUUGGUUCCGUGGCAUCCAUGCCUUGUGGGCACGAGUCAGUACCGGUAGGUGCGGGGACUGAAAACAAUCACGGUGGUGCUGGAAAGGACGGAUGUAAGCAUUAGGUGCAUUGCCACUACCGGUCGCCGGAGGUUGAAAGAGGCCACACCACAGCCAGUGGCUUCAGGUGAUGAUGUCGAGUGAUGAAAUUGGAAGAAGAAGAUGGCUGGGGUAGGACAUAUAACGUCGUAUAUGGGAAGUCUGUGAUGCGACAAUAUGGCCCUGCCUGUGGUGAUUUUCAGGCGGAUGCAAGUCGCCUGUGCCCGACUACGUCGUUUCAUCACGUUCGUCUUGCUCUUUGAGCCAUGUGACCAUGUUCGCAAUGGAAGAGCAGCUGAGGAAGGACAUCAUCAGCAACCGGUAUGAUUUCACCUAUGAUGAUUAUUUUCCAUUAUCGAUGUUGCUCGUCUGUGCUCUAGGCGCACUUGUUGAUAUAAAUUGUUAUGGCGUUGCGUUCAUCUCGCUUUUAAGCAGCUUGCAGCUCUAUCGCUGCCAGAGAGACAGCGAAUUUGUCUCUCAGCUUAAAAGAGGGGAUGCGUGGGUUUUGAACACACUGAUUUUUGCGGUCUCACACCAAUAGUGUAGAUUCGUUCUAGUUCAAUCGAGUUGUCUUAGUACUCAACACUGUAGAUGAGCAGGUGAUACAUGGGUCCUGGAUUCGUUGUUCUUCUGUCACAUCGGCGUGACAUUGUACUUAUAAUUACCGUGCU